CUUCGGUUAACCCGAGGAUAACUGGCAAAAGGAUAAUUGGGCAAGACCAACGAUAAUUGGCAAAAGGAUUUCAAUCACCUCCCGGCCGGAUAUGGAGCCACUUGAACCAUCUCCAUCACAUCUUUCUCCUUCCGCCACCGCCAUUUCUACCGCUUCUACUAGUCCACAACGCCAUUUUUAUCUCGCAGUUGACAGACUCCACUUUAAAAUGGAGACGUUGGUGGAUUUAUUAGGAACGGCGGGGCGUCGUCCGUGGCUGCCGAUAGUCGUUUGUUGUAGCACGCGUGAUGAGCUUGACGCCGUUUGCUCUGCUGUCUCCAACAUUUCUUACAUUUCCGUCACACCGCUGUACAGUGACCUUGCUGAAGCAGAACGUGCAUUGAUUUUAGAUAAGUUUCGCCAUGUCACAAUGAAAUGGAACCAAAAUGCUGCUGUUCAAUCCGAAAAUGAAGCAACUGAAAAGGAAGAGCAGAAAUCUCAUUUGAUAGUUGCAACUGAUGCUUGUCUUCCGCUUCUUGCUUCAGGAGAGUCUCCCAUCAGUUCUAGUGUUUUGAUAAACUAUGAACUGCCCACAAAAAAGGAAACAUACAUGAGGAGAAUGGCAACUUGUUUGGCUGCAGAUGGCAUCGUGAUCAAUAUGGUUGUUGGGGGUGAAGUGGUAACUCUUAAAAGCAUCGAGGAAAGCAGCAGCCUUGUGAUUGCAGAGAUGCCAAUAAACAUAUUUGAAAUGUUCUGACGACACUUUUCAUAAAGGCUUGGAAAACGUUAUUAGGAUGAUAGGACCUUCCGACUUGGUUCCUAAUGCUCUUUGACUCAACUAAUGAGGUAUUCCAGAUAUCAGUUUUUUUUUUAAAUGUAACUUUAAAUUGUUGGAACCGUUUUCUUGUUAAAUAUAUGGAUAGUUUUUCUUCAAA